AUGAGACAAGAUGAAUAUAGCUCAGAGGGUAGCUGUGGAAGUUAUAUAUUGAGAAAAUGUAAUGUGAUGAAAUGGAAUGUGAUAUUACGUGGUAUUCCAAAGGAAUAUGAAUCUACUCUGGAACAUAUACUAUCUAAUUUAAGUGUCUCUUUAGAAUUUUCUUUACCUAGUAGUGUGAUUUUCGAAUAUGAGUUGUGUAUAGUAAAUGGAAAUGUAAGAAUAGCUAUUAUUACCUUUCCAUCAAGAAGCUCUACAAGAUAUUUUCUUAAGAAGGGUUGCAAUAAUUCAGGCUACUUAAUACUAGACAAAAAUCCAAAUAAUUUAUCUAUUAUACCUUCUUGUCUUGCGGACUUAUAUGUUACAUGUGAACCUUCUAUAAUGAUAAAGCCAUUUCAAUCACUCGUAUCUAUGAAUAUGGCAACUCAAUAUUGGCUUAUUCGUGGAAUAUCUCAUUCUAUUGAAGAAGAACAUCUUUGGCAAAUUCUCAGGAAAAAUAGAUAUGGAUCUUAUUUAAGGAGAAUUCAUUAUAUAAAGGAUGAAUCAAAAAAAACUAAAGGUUUUUGUUUUGUUCAGUUUUCAUCACCUCUGACAUCUCUAAGAGCACUUAGAUGGCUUAAAAAACAUUCUAAUUUAAAUAAUAUUACAGAUAAUAAAAAUAAUUCCUUCCCAUUUUUUAUAGGUACAAGUCAAAUAUAUGUAUUAUUGGAAAUUACUAAAGAACUUGAAUCAUUUGAACCAAAAUCUGUAAACUCACUAUGGAAUAUUGUUAAUAGUGAUAAUACAAAAAUAAGUGAUUUAAAACGAGAAAUCUGGUCCAAUUAUAUGAAAUUUUGGACGAAAACAUAUAAUUCAUAUUUAUCUGUAAAUUCAAGUUCUGAAUAUAAUCAGAUAAGAACAAGUGAGGUUAUUGAAAUUUGGAAAGAUUUGUCUUCCAUUAUAUUUUGUGAAGAUUUUAAUCUUAUUUAUAUUAAUAAAAGUAUUUCAUGGAAUUGGAAAAGUCGAAUCUUUAUAGAUAUCACUAAUCGAACUUGUUAUGAAUAUGAUUCUGAAUAUGGUGCUUUAAUUCUAAUAUUAAAUCAAACUCAACCAUUUACAAUAUAUAAUGAAAAAAGUGAAGAUGAAAAGGAUAUUGGUGUAGAUACUCUUGCUCCUAAAAUAGAACUUAUUUUUAAAGAUAAUAGAGAACUUAUUGCUUCUGUCUUAGCAAAUACUCAAUCCCAGUUACAUUCUAAUUCGGUUAAGAUACAACACAAUAAAAGUAAAUCUGAAUCUAUUAAUAAAGGUAUUAAAGAUUUUUUUUCUAUAGAUGAAGAUUAUAAAGAAGAAGCUAUAAAAGAUAAUAUAAAUAAUAUAGAUAAUAAAUUGAACAUAUCAGAUAAUUCAUCAUCUAAAAUAAAACAGAAUGAGAAAUGUACUGAUGAUACUCUAGAAAGUGAAAUAGAUAGAAUUUGUUUUGUUUGUUGUCGAAUAUUCAAGAAUUUUAAAGAUAAGGUUAAUCAUGAACAAUAUUCUUCAAUUCACAAAUAUAAUCUUGGAACUUAA